AACUAAUCUUUCUGGAAGUCCUCUAGAUCACCUCAUUCCAAUUCUCGUUCAAACUGAACUUGGGACCAACCAUUCUAUCAAGCCUUCUUUCUUGACGGCCUGUUUUGACUAAAUGAAUGUUGGAAUAUAUUGGCCAAACUUCAUUAAACAUAUAUAACUUUGUAGGCCCUUGAAUGAUCGACUUUCUAAUGUCACCCAGAGCUUGCUUCAAUCCCAAAAUCAUGAGAUAUGACAUGGAAAAUUGGCCUGCAUCAAAAUGACCAAAAUACACGGGGUUCUAUCUUGAUUCCCCUUCCAUUUAUUCAUUUGAGAGUAAUUAAUUAUACUAGUUUGAGCUUGUUUGAGCUUUCAUGGAGUUCAUUGGUAAGCAAGUUUUGUUCCUUCUACUCUCUUUGGCAUAUUGUUUUCCAUUUUCAUCUGCUACACUACGACAUACAACGGGACAAGGCACAUCCCUCACCGUAGAGAAACCGGAAGAGGUUCUGACAUCACCAAAUGGCGUUUUCUCUGCUGGCUUUCACUCUGUGGGUGGAAAUGCCUACUGCUUUGCCGUAUGGUUCAACCACCCAUCCCUGCAGAGUCGCAACCGCACCAUAGUUUGGAUGGUGAAUCGUGAUCAGCCAGUAAAUGGAAGGCGCUCAAAGCUCUCCCUUCUUAAAACUGGAAAUCUUAUCUUGACUGACGCCGGUAAGUUCACCGUCUGGGAGACAAACACUCUUUCGAAUUCAUCAGUACAAUUGUCUCUCAACAACACUGGUAAUCUUGUUCUACACGCUUUGGAAGGUGUUAGUUUGUGGGAGAGCUUCCUUUUUCCGACAGAUACCCUUCUUCCCCAACAACUACUCACUAGAAAUACAAAGCUUGUCUCCUCAAGAAGCCAGAGCACUUAUUCCUCUGGUUUCUACAAGCUUUUCUUCGACAACGACAACCUUCUCCGCCUUCUUUACGAUGGACCUGAGAGUUCCAGUCUUUAUUGGUUUGAUCCAUGGCUUGGGAAUUGGGAUGCUCAAAGGUCCACGUACAACAAAAGUAGAAUCGCAGUGCUUGAUUCCUUAGGAAACUUCAGUUCUUCCGAUAAUUUUACAGCUGUUUCAGCUGAUUAUGGGGCAGUGCUUCAUAGAAGACUGACAAUUGAUUACGAUGGUGAUAUUCGAGUUUACAGCUGGAAAGAGGAGGAGGAGACGUGGGUUAUUUCAUGGCAAGCCAUUCAGAAACCUUGCACGAUUCAUGCUAUUUGUGGGGCCAACAGUAUAUGCAGCUAUGUUGCUGGUUCUGAGAGGAAAUGCUCUUGCCUUCCAGGAUAUAAUAUGAAAAACCAUACCGAUUGGUCUUACGGUUGUGAACCGGGAUUUGAUCUCUCUUGCAACAAAAAGGAGUCAGGCUUUCUGCAGCUAUCGCAUAUUCAAUUCUAUGGUUAUGAUUAUGGGUACUUUCCCAAUUACACACUCCAUGAAUGUAGGACUUUAUGCUUGCAAUUGUGCGAUUGCAUAGCGUUCCAAUUCACCUUUUUCAGGGAUAGAGGACAUGCGAAUUGUUACCCGAAGACGCUAUUGCUCAAUGGAUAUCUCUCACCAGAUUUCAAUGGAGACUUCUAUUUGAGGCUGCCAGAAAGCAAUCUCUUGUCCUAUACAAAUUCUGUAGUAGAAUACAGUUUAGAUUGCCCAAGUGAAGGUACAGUAGUGACUACUGUAAAAAGCCGUGAAAAUGGGACACUAAAGUUCAUGCUCUGGUUUGCAUGCGGAGUGGGAGGUCUUGAGAUCAUCUGUAUCUUCUUGGUGUGGUGUCUCUUGGUUAGAACCGGACAAAGUUCAGGUGCGGACAAACAAGGCUACCUUGCUGCCGUCGGAUUCAGAAAAUAUACCUAUGCUGAGCUGAAGAAGGCGACCAAGGGUUUCAGUGAGGAGAUUGGAAAAGGUGGUGGAGGAAUUGUAUACAAAGGGGUAUUGUCUGACAAUCGGGUUGCAGCAAUCAAACGUCUCAAUGAAACUAAUCAAGGAGAAGGUGAAUUUCUUGCAGAAGUAAGCAUCAUUGGGAGGAUUAAUCACAUGAACUUAAUAGAGAUGUGGGGCUAUUGCGCAGAGGGAAAGCACAGGCUUCUGGUGUACGAGUACAUGGAGCAUGGUUCUUUGGCAGAAAACCUUUUUUCUAAUUCACUUGACUGGAAGAAAAGGUUCGAAAUAGCUGUGGGCACGGCGAAAGGCCUGGCUUAUUUGCAUGAGGACUGCUUGGAGUGGGUUUUACACUGCGAUGUAAAGCCUCAAAACAUACUCCUAGACUCUAACUAUCAACCAAAGGUGGCAGAUUUUGGACUGUCGAAGCUUCAAAAUAGAGGCAACCUUAAGAAUUCAAGCUUUUCGAGGAUACGAGGAACCCGAGGUUACAUGGCUCCAGAGUGGGUCUUGGAUCUGCCUAUCACCUCCAAAGUGGAUGUUUACAGCUUUGGAAUAGUGGUGCUGGAGAUGGUGACCGGAAAGGGCCCAACAGAGGGCGUGCAUGUUUUAGAUUGUAAAGGGGAGACCGAGCACAGAAGGCUGGUUAAGUGGGUGAGGGAGAACAGGAAUAGAGCGGCUACAAAUGCAAUGACAUCCUGGCUUGAAGAGAUGAUCGACCCACGAAUGAAAGGCAAAUAUGAGAUGGGUAAGAUGGAAGCUUUGGUUCGCGUUGCUCUGCAAUGUGUGGAUGAAGACAGAGAUGCAAGACCCACCAUGAGCCAAGUAAUUGAGAUGCUUUUUCAGGAAGAAAAUGUUCAUUGAUCAUGUUAUAUUAUGCAAAGGCCUGAGAAUUUCUUAUUUGGUGAUGAGUGUUACUAUCCUCAAAUAGAAGUCCAAUAUGCUCUGCGAAACUCUCAAAUAUUUGGGAGCAGUGUUUUAGUUGGGUUUAAUUGAGUCUUUUUUGUGUUGCUGUUGUUGUUGUUGGUUUUUUUAUUUUUUAUUUUUUUUAUUUUUUAUGUGUUCUAUUUUCAAGUGUUUUAGUUGUACUAGGAAUUGCUAUAAUAAAUUGUAUGAAAAUAAUGUACAAACAUAAAUCGACAAGUCAUCGUUGAUAAUUAA